AUGGAUGCCAUUACAGGAUUAGUACAGCUUUUUAAAGUCUCUAUGGAUCAAGAAGAUCCCUCUUUGGAUAUGGAGAGAAAGCUGAAAGCUUAUUUAGUACGAACCCAUCUAUCUGAUCAAUACCUUCAAUCAACAUUAUUGAAUUCAUCAUUGCCUCUACAUGUCACCGUUUUUGGUUUUUUGAGCAUUACCGAAAUAAUUAGCGACAUCGAAGUUUAUCCGUCACCCAUCGUAUCUCGCAAUUAUCCCGAAUUGAAAAAAAAGUAUGCGCGUAAAUUGAUUCACCGAUCGGCAGAUCAAAACGAAAUGUAUGCUCAAUUUCUUUUGGCGAAUUCAUAUCGUUAUGGGCUUUGGCAUAUUCGUGAUAAUGAAAGAGCAUUUCGAUGGUACCAACAAUCAAUGAAAUCCAAUAACUUGGUGGCAUGUCACCAUCUGGGAGCUUGUUACCAAUGUUCAAUUGGGUGUAGGAGAGAUAUGGCUAAAGCCUACAAGUGUUAUUCAAAAUUUGGAGAUGGAUUUCAAGACGGAUGUCAAACAUCGAUUUAUACAAAUGCUUAA